AUGAAAUUAACAAAACUUUUUGUUCAUGUAACUAAUUCAUCAUCGUCACUGCAUACGCGAAGUCGUCUUUUACAAGUUUCAGGAACACCGCCAAUACCAACUACCCUAAAAAACAAAAAUCACAGCAAUAAGACAUUCUCACAUAACACAGCACAAAAUAAAAAACCAUUUCUACCGAAUCACCCACCUCCUCGAAUUUACUAUGACUCACCAACAAGUUCUGCGAACAAUUCGGUGCUUUCGCUACCUGAGCAACAAGAAGACGAAGAUCUUGAUGAGAACGUUUUCUAUACGACAUUGAAACGAGAUUAUCCCAAAGUGCUUCAUCGUGUUUCGUUGAUCUGUGUACCGCAUUCUCGAAGUAUUGUCGGCUUAAAAAUGACUCGGGCUUUUAUUGAGACCCAUUCACUCACACCAUCGCCAUAUUUCCAAGGACAAUAUCUGAGUGUUAAUGGGAAAGUAGUGUGUAUAGAGCGGAAUGCAGUAAAGGCAAUAUCAGGUUUCAAAGAGGCCAGAAAAGUGAGGAUUCUAGAGGAACAAUUACUAUACAAUGAAACUUAUUCAGUUCGAGCUCUGAUUCUCGAGAAACCGUUGGAAGGAGAGGGAAAAGUGUCGGAGGUUUUCGGCAUGGGUAUACCGACUGAAAGGAAUCACGAGACUGAUUUACAGUUCUUGCAGAGUUUCCCGAAUAAUCUUCAGUCUUUGAUGGAAUUGACACAUGCGGUUGCGGAGUUUAACGAAACUUAUGUUUUUGUACGUGGUUACGCACCGUCCGCUGUUGAUAAGAUUGUACAACUUUUUCAGAAAGCUGUUCAGAACAUUAUGGAAUCGAAUAGUACAAUACGAUCUAUAUGUAAAGUGCAGCAUGAGUAUGAUUGUUUCCUGGAGCUUGUUGAAAAUGUCCUGAUGAGUGAAUUGCAUAACAAAAUAUUUGGGCAAUCACUGUGUCCAAUGUACAAUUCAUACGACAAUUAUCUCGAAUCAAUAAUUUACGCGUAUGUACGAGCACAUAUAACGUUACGAGUCUAUGGAGUAAGUGAACGUCUCCAUGACAUGCCCGAAGAGAUGCUUGGUACCGCGUGUGACAUAUUAGCAGCACUAGACGACGAUGAUGGCUUUGACUAUCGAUUCUCGCAACAACUGCAGCAACAACAAUAUUACGGUGUUGGGUCGACAACAAUGUUCCUGGAGGAAGAACCUUGCAAAAAAAAAUCCACGAUACCCGCUAAAACUCCUUUGGAGAAACUGAUUUGCGUGAAACGUGCUAUUCAGGAGAUCGCUAAUGCUGCUGACACUUAUUUGAACCAGUUGGCGCCGAGACAUGGGUCUGAUGAGGAUUUGGAUAGGUCUUCUAUUACGACUGAUGAUUUCAUCCCGUUGCUCACGUACGUUAUUGUUAAUAGCGGAAUACGACGGUUGCAGAGUAUUCUGUUUUAUAUGCAAACAUUUCGGCUGUCGAAAGUUGAACGAUCUGAACUUAGUUUCGCAUUAAUAACUUUACGUGCGUCAACAGAAUUUCUGAAAUCCGAUCCAUUAGCAAUUCAUGAUUCCGCAUCUACAACAUCCUCAAUCUCUUCAAUGUCAUCUCAGUCCUCGCACAGACUAUCUGCGAUGUCAUCAAAUCGCAUACGGAGUCGAUCCACGUCUUUAUCAACACCAAAUACAUAUCAGACAUCACAGAAUUCAAACUCGUGGUGUGUAUCAAUGCCUGCUGCUCCUGGUUCUCAACAACAACAGCAACACAAUAAUAAUGUAAUCAAACGAGAAAAAUCACCUGCGCGGUCAAUUUCUUCCGUUUCUAGUAUGCCAGCAUACGUUCGAACAAAUCCCGGGAACCAUUAUACUGAUCAUCGUCAGUCAAUAAGCGAUGAGUCCACAAAAUCGGACACGACUCUUGAAGAUACAAUGCCACAAAACAUUCAAUCUCGACAAAAUCGUAGACCAUCUUCGAAUUUAGUGAUUAAACCACCAAUACUAUUACACUCGAGUCCAAAAGGGCGUAAUAGCAUUGACAGUGAUCAGUGGUCAUUCAAUGAAAAUUUAUCAACAUCGGCGUCAGCACAACAACAAAAUAGUGAUAACCAAAUAUUAUUACCAGCUAAACCAAUGAUCUCUUCCCCGCAACUUCCCGAAUUACCAUUAGCUGCGAAAACAAAAGCAUCUGAGAAUUACAAUGAUCUUCCGACAUUAAGACCACGCAGUAGUUCGCAAAUGAAGCGCACUGGUCGACAUUUUAAUGCACCAGAAAUAAUUGCGACAAUGCCACGUGCUCUACCUCAAAUGCGAGCUACGACACCAACUAUUGAGUUGGACCCGCCCGGACCUGAGAUUAUGGGAGAUUUUUUGAGCUCGUUGCAGAAAAUCGAUGGCGCAGUAGCUGGUAGCCGUAAUGGUGAAUUAACACAACAGUUGUAG